AUGAAUACGUCAUUUGGAAACGAUGCCAAUCAGAAACAAAUUCUUGCACAGCACACAUGGGAAGUCGAUUAUGUACCAAAACUGAUAAGGACAAAAAGUGUCAUAAUGAAAGACACAAAUCAUCUUGACUAUUGUCACGCUCUCAUCUUUUUCUUCAUAUUCUUGUGUAUGUGCUGCGUUUUCGAGUGGUACGAGCGGUAG